AACAGCCAUGUAUGAAGAUCAAGUUGACCUUGCAGAAUAUACAGAGAUUAUUACCAGCUACAUUCGCAAGUGCACAAAUGAUGUCACUGAACAGAAGUUUGUCACUAUGAGGACCAACCAGAAGCCCCGGUAUACAGCGGAAGUCCACAUUAGGCUAAAAGCAUGAAACCGUCUGGGGACCCUGUGGCCCUAAGUACGCCAGAGACACAUGACAUACUGUAUGUGGCAAGAAAUACAGGCCCACAUGGAUUAAAAGACCACCACACAUACUACAGAUUAUGAGACCUGACUCUUGGACACGCUUACCCAGUUUUUCACCCAGUUUGAUGUGGUGCACAACAGGCCAGCAGAAGUGAUGAACAUUCUACAUAAUGUGAACCCAAGUUAGACAGUAUUCCAGGAUGGGCUCUUAGGAACUAUGCCCAUGAAUGCACAGAUGUCCUGACAGAUAUCUUUAGCAUCUUGCUCAGUCAAGCAUGCAUCCCCCAAGUACCUAAAGUACAAUUGCCACAAUACUGCCAAUCUUCUGCACUACUGAGAAUAUCCUCACACACUGCAUCACAGCCUAGGCACGUUUUUCCUGGGAGCAUAUUUUCUGACAGCAUCCAGUUGAAUUUCCUGCUUAAAAAGGAGUCAGAACUUGUACAUGUUGAGAUCAUCCAAAUCAGAUUCAUAAACAAGAUACAAGCUAAAAUAAUGAAAGGAUGGAAACAAUAUAGUCAUCUGUGUAAUCUACUGUAUGCGAGAUUGCUUUAAAGAAUGACUAAAAUAAAGACUUGAAGAGGAAGUAUCUUUUUACCCAUGAGAUUUCAGUGGAACAUUCUAGUCAUCUAUACAACAGAUUAAGGUGGAGUCAGAAAGCAAGCUCCUUUUUAUAAAGCAAUAUGUUCUCAUUCUGAACCAGGUACAAUCUGUGCUCAACCUGCAUUUUUAGUGCUGUUCACAGAGCUCAGAGAAAAAAGUGUCAUUGGGUAGAAGAAAUAUGGAUUUUCUUGGAAGAUUGUUUCUGUAUUCUGCAUGUUUACAAGCUUUCUGUUCUCCUGUCUUUUCUGCUGAAUGGGAAGCAGAAGUUCUGGCAAACAUAAAUGCUCUGACAGGAUCGUGUGUGGUGGUACCCUGUCGCUUUCGAUACCCCGGUGGCCAAAAACCCUCUUCCAGACUAAGUGGCCUUUGGCAUCUUCACCAGAAGGAAGAGAAUUUAAAUACUAAACAGUACAUUUUAGCUGCUGAAGUAUCAAAAGUUAUUGACAGUUUUAAAGACCGCACAAGACUUCUGGGAAAGCUUGGCGAUGAUAACUGUACUUUAGAGAUUGAUGGAGUUAAAGACCAUGAUAAUGGUCCAUUUUGCUUCAGGAUUGAAAUUCCUGAUCAAGAUAAUUUUUCCUUACGAGAAGGAUGUGUAUCGAUCAGAUCCUUUGACACUCCAGAAAAGCCAAAACUAACUUAUAAAGAAAAAUCAUAUGAAGGGCGACCCUACACCAUCACCUGCUCUGUUACUCACACUUGCCCUUCUCACAUGCCCGUCCUCACCUGGAGCUGGCCCUUCGACAAUGAGAAUAUUAUCCAUUACAAUAACCAUAAACCCGGAAUUUGGGAAGUUCAAUCUAUCCUGAGCUUUAUUCCAAAUGCACGUCAUGAUGACAGUGACAUCACUUGUACAGCAAAAUUCCACGGAGGGAAAAGCUCAGAAAGCAAAAUGAGCCUGCGUGUAAAACACUCCACAGUGGACAUGCUCCAUAUCAUUAUCCCUGUUUCGGUUGUCGCGGUAACAGCAGUCCUUUUUGGGGGACUCUGCUUUUUAAUGAGGAAAAAAUACAUGAGACGUAUUGAGUCACUUCAAAAUCGAGGUGGUUUUGGCAUGUCCAUGUGGAACCGUAUUUCACGACUAUCUCGCAGAAGACACCCUGGCCAGUCUCCGGAUGCACAACGUCAUGACAGGAGGUCAUUUUGGAGCAGAUUUUCCAGAAGAGCAAAUAUGACUUCAAUGGACAUAAAUGAAGCCCACAGUGGUGCUCUUUUUCAAAGAACGAAUAAUGACUCUGCAGGAUGGGGUGCCUCAAAACCACGCCUUCCGUCUCCUAAAAGUAACCACAAACCAGCCUAUGAAAGUAAAAAUAAAGACUUUGAUGAGUCUAACUUUGACAUUUAUGGGAACGUGUAACUCAUACAUGAUGUUCAGGCUGAAGAAAAGAGCUGCAGACUACAUAUUUUCUUCCUGAUUUGUCUUUAAACUUAUAGAUUAUAGGCUUUGCUAUGAAUAAAAACCAAACCUAGAAUAAUUAACCAAAGUCAAUAAGAACAGAUUCUUGUUUUUUUUCCCCCCAAUAUUUUGGUGACUAUAUAAAAUGAAAGGAUUAUUAAUAGCGUUUCAAGCUUGAUAUUGCAAAUUGUGUGCUUAGGCUAAUAUUCUGUUAGAUCUUUUGUAUUUCUUGAAAUUGUGUACAGGUUGGAAGAUGAAUUCUUUGCUGUUUUACAUGAAAAUAAAACAAAUGUCAGGAAAAUGUACCUUUUGCUUAAAAUGUGUGCUGUCAUCCUGCAGUUUGAGGAUGUUUCACUAUAGAAAAUGGACUUAUUUAGUGGUGCUAUUUUGAUUAAUGAACAUUGCAGUGAUUGCAGUGAGUUUCUUGGGCUUCAUCUAAAUUUAUCAUACAGCAAAUGUGUUUUUUUUGCAUUAAAUGUUGAAUUACAACUUUUGUUCAUUGUACUACUGCAUGGUAAAACAUUUUGUCUGAAUGAUGGCUUGGUUUUUUGAGAGUAGUGUAGUGCAACAACAAAAG